GUGGGGGACAGGACACGUGGGACAGGACAGGUGGGGUGAAGGGACAGGACAGGAUUCAGAGACAAAUGGGGGGACAGGACAGGAGGAAGGAAGGGGACAGAUGGGACCACCGCAGGUGGAGACCUGACCCAGGGCCGGGCUGGAGAGUGAGCCGGAGGCUCGGGUCUGGGGGUGCUCGUCGGGGUGUGGCCAUCCCCAAGGCGGCCGUCUGGGCGGGGGCUUCUCCGGAGGUCAGCCCGCCCCCGGGUCGCCCGCAGACUACGCCGACAAGCCCCUGGACAAGCCGCUGAAGCUGGUCCUCAAGGUCGGGGGCAGCGAGGUGACCGAGCUCUCGGGGUCCGGCCACGACUCCAGCUACUACGACGACAGGUCCGACCAUGAGCGCGAGCGGCACAGGGAGAAGAAGAAGAAGAAGAAGAAGAAGGCGGAGAAGGAGCGCCACCUGGACGACGAAGAGCGGAGGAAGCGCAAGGAGGAGAAGAAGCGCAGGCGGGAGAAGGAGCACUGCGACACGGAGGGGGAGGCCGACGACUUUGACCCGGGCAAGAAGGUGGCCGUGGAGCCGCCGCCCGACCGGCCCGUGCGGGCCUGUCGCACACAGCCAGGCAGGUGUCCCCGGGACGGGGUGGGGGGAGGACCACCCGACCUCCCGGCCUCGUUCUUGGGGUGCGCGGGCACCGUCUCGGCGUCCGGCAUCUGACCCCUCCUGGCCUCUUCACUCCAGCGGAGAGCCAGAGCACGCCCAUCCAGCAGCUGCUGCAGCACUUCCUCCGCCAGCUGCAGAGGAAAGACCCCCACGGCUUCUUUGCCUUUCCCGUCACGGACGCCAUCGCUCCCGGCUACUCCAUGAUAAUCAAGCACCCCAUGGACUUCGGCACCAUGAAGGACAAGAUCCUGGCCAACGAGUACAAGUCGGUCACGGAGUUCAAGACUUCAAGCUCAUGUGUGACAAUGCCAUGACGUACAACCGGCCGGACACGGUGUACUACAAGCUGGCCAAGAAGAUCCUGCACGCGGGCUUCAAGAUGAUGAGCAAACCGCCUCUCGCCCCGAGGCCCCAGGUCACCCGAGAGCCAGGUUGCAUGUGUCACCGUCGGGGAGCGAGCCGAGCCCAGAGCCCGUCGGACAUGGAUUUCUCUCAGCAGGCCGCCCUGCUGGGCAGCGAGGACACAGCCAGCGAGGACCCCACGCCCGAGGUGGUGCCCGUGCACGUGGAGACCGCCCGCAAGUCCAAGCGGCCCAGCAGAGAAGUGGCCAGCUCCUUGCUGGAGCCUGAGGGCAGUGCGUGCAGCCUGACAGACAGCACUGCAGAGGAGCACGUGCUGGCCCUGGUGGAGCACGCGGCUGAUGAGGCUCGAGACAGGCUCAGCCGCUUCCUGCCAGGGGGCAAGAUGGGUUACCUGAAGAGGGGCGGGGACGGCAGCCUUCUCUACAGCGUGGUCAGCUGUGUUGAGCCCGAUGCCGAAGGGACCUUCUCUCUUGCAGAGGACGAGACCCACCCGGUGGACCUGAGCUCCCUGUCCAGCAAGCUGCUGCCCGGCUUCCCUGCACUGGGCGGCAAGGACGAGCGGGGCGGCAAGGUCACCUUCCUCUCGAGCGCCAGCACUGCCCUGUCCACGCAGAACAACUCUGUGUUUGGGGACCUGAAGCCUGAUGAGGUGGAGCUGCUCUACUCUGCCUACGGGGAUGAGACCGGUGUGCAGUGCGCACUGAGCCUGCAGGAGUUCGUGAAGGACUCCGGGAGCUACAGCAGGAGGAUGGUGGACGACCUCCUGGACCAGAUCACGGGCGGCGACCACUCGCGGGUGUUGUUCCAGCUCCGACAGAGGAGAAACGCUCCGGUGAAGACCCCAGAUGACAUGAAGGCUGGGGAUGCGCUUGGCGGGUCUGUGCUGGACUUCAUGCCCAUGAAGCCCUACUCCGACGUCUCGCUGGACAUCUCCAUGCUGGGCUCUCUGGGGAGGGUGAAAAAGGAGCCGGAGCCGGAGGACGGGCCACUGCACCUGGACGAGACGGCCAAGCUGCUGCAGGACCUGCAGGAGGCUCAGGCGGAGCGUGGGGGGUCGCGGCCCUCCUCCAACCUCAGCUCCCUGUCCAACGCCUCAGACCCGCAGCACCCGCCAGCUGUGACCCCACAGGCAGGUGCGGGCCGAGCCGGGUGGUGGGGACCUGCCGACACACUGCCCCCCCGAGUCCCGCCCUGUCCCCCCAUGGCCCCCGUGGCCCAAUCCACGUGGAGCCAGAGCUCAGACCUGAAUAAAGUUUUCUCAAUGUGUGCCUGUUGGGGCUUCUGGAGAUGCUGGGGUUCCCAGGUGCUCGUAAACACUCCAGGGGCCCCUCGGUAUCUCAGACGUGGGGGGUCUCCGUCUUGGCCUGACUGGAUUCUGAACUUCCAUGUUCUCCUCGGGUGUCAGGAGCAGCUUGGCCCAGCAUUGGGGAAGAGCUGCCUUCAGCCUCAGGCUCCUGCACCCCAGCUGGGCCAAGCUGCUCCUGACACCCAGAGGAGAACCCAGGCCCCUCAGGCUCUAGCACCCUCUCUGACCCCCCCCCCUUUUGCCCUCAGCCCCCAGCACCCCUCAGGAAAUUGGGUGAAGCAGGUCUCCACUUCCAGCCCAUGGUAGGUGGGCUUUGCUGUU